AUGUUGAGGAUCAGAGUGGCCGAUGUGUUGUUGCCUACCCUCACCACCAAGGAGCAGCCCGUCAGGAAGUCCAGGAUCCAGUUGCAAAGGGAGGUGUUCAGUCACAGGGUCCUGAGCUUAGUGAUGAGCUUCAAGAGCACUACGGUGUUCCACACUGUCAAUAAACAGCACUAUCACAUAGGUGUCCCUCUUGUCCAGGUGGGGGAUGACAGUGUGGAACACUCGUCCCUUUCCUCCCUGUCCACCUCUCCAUCACCGCCCACUCGCCGCCCAUUCCCUUUGUCUCACGGAACCACUACCCUGGCCUUUGUGUUCCAAGGAGGUGUUAUAGCAGCGGCAGACACACGUGCCAGCUGCUCAGGGCUUGUCUCCUGUCCCUCUGUCCAGAAGAUACUGCCCAUCCACUCCCAUUUACUGGUCACCACUUCAGGCAGUGGUGCAGACUGCAUGCCAUUGGAGAGAAUCCUGGCUAGAGAGUGUCGUGUCAACGAGCUCCGCAACAAGGAGUGCAUCUGUGUGGGAGCCACCUCCAAGCUUCUGGCUAACAUGGUAUACCAGUACAAAGGCAUGGGCCUCAGCAUGGCUACCAGGGUGUGUGGCUGGGACAAGAGAGGGCCAGGGCUGUACUACGUGGACUCAGAGGGGAACCGUGUGUGUGGGGACCUAUUUGCGGUGGGCCCUGGCUCCAUGUAUGCGUAUGGAGUGGUGGACAGCGGGCUGAGACAGGGUAUGUCUGUAGAGGAGGUGUGGGAGUUGGGCCACAGAGCCAUCUACCAGGCCACAUACCGAGACGCCUAUAGCGGAGGACAGGUCAAUCUGAACCAGGAAGACGUAUUGAAGCUGCACCACCAAUACCAGGAACAGAACAUAUAG